GAAGUGGGGCAAAGUGAAGGGCGGAAGCUGUGGGGGAGCAGAGAUGGCUUCCCUUCCCUGUGUGCUGCUGACGAGCUGCGCUCCUGGAUUCAGCGAGGAAGAGCUGGUGGCACAAAUUAUUGGAAAAGAUGAGUGUCCGGCCAACACACAAGGAGUGAAGCAGUACCCAUGGAGGAUAGAUAACAAGUACUACUGUGCUGAUGUGAAUAUCUGUGUGGUGCCCAGCACAACCUGUGUCACUGCACAGAUAGCAGAGACUGUUCAGGCUUUCAUUGUCUACUUUGACAGCAAAACGAAACUGGGUCUAGAGAAGGUGUCUGCAUGGCUCCCACUGUUGGAAGACUGGGUGCUGGACGUGAUGAUCCUGGUGUGCGACCGUGUGUCAGAAGCUGGAGUGAAUCGCCAGACAGCGCAGGAGUGGUGCAUCAAGCACGGCUUUGAGUUGGUGGAGCUGAAUCCUGAUGAACUGCCAGAUGAAGAUGAUGAUUUCCCAGAAUCAACUGGUGUUACCCGCAUUGUCCAGGCCUUGAAUGCCAACGUGUGGUCUAAUGUGGAAAUGAAGUGUGAACAAGCUUUCGGGAUCUUCAGCUCAUUGGCUGCUGUGAAUCACCCCCCAGAGACCAGCGGCGAGCUGCAGGGUGAUCAGGCGCCUGCAGCCAGUGAGGGAACUUUGGAGCAGUGCAGAGGAGAGGACUCUGGAAACCCCCGGGAUUCGCAAGUUGAUACCAUAGUUGAUCCAAUGCUGGACCUGGACAUCAGAGAGCUUGCCAGUCUUACCUCGGGGGAGGGGGACAUAGAAAACUUCAGCCGGCUUUUUACCAAAUUGCAGGAGAUGAAAGAUAAAGCUGCCACUUUACCUCAUGAACAGAGAAAACUGCACGCAGAAAAGGUUGCCAAAGCUUUCUGGAUGGCGAUUGGAGGAGACCAGGAUGAGAUUGAAGGUCUGUCAUCUGAGGAAGAGAGCUAAGAGCCAUGAGCCCCUGCUGUUUCCAAUGAGAGUGGAGCAUUAGGACCUGACUUGCUCACGUUUCCAUCCUCCCUUCUACCUGCCGUGCUGGUCGGCCUCCAUGAUGUUUCCACUUAGUAGUUACUUGUCGGUGAUUGUUUGCUUGUAUAUUUAUUAGAGGAUGACAAAUCUAAAUAAAAUAUUUUAUAUUCAUUAAAACUACAGGUUUUGAUAUUUACAAGAGGCACAUGCAUUUUAAUCCCAAAGAAUCACUACGGACGCAUACCUCUACAAAACAAGUCUUUUUUGACACUUUGUUGCUUAAAAGGGAUGUAAACCCAAAAUUAUAAUGUUGCUUAAUAAAAGAAAAUGUGAUUCUAAGCAAAUUUGCAAUUGAUUGAAA